CGUUUCACAUCAUUUUGACAAAUUUCUUCUUCACUCCACCACGAUCUCGCCUCUCCUGUACUCUGAUCUGAUGAUGACGAAGAAAAUCACAAAUUAGGGUUUCACUCUAAUCACAAAUUAGGGUUCAUAUUUCAGCUCCAUAGCUACUGGUUCGAAUUUCUCUCUCGCUUUGUCUCUUUCCUUUCCUUGACUGUUAGUUAUAGACUUUUCAAUUUUUGAUAAUUUCUUUGAUUUUUAUAAAUUUCUUGCACAAUGAUGGGCUCUGAGAAUCAAAAUAAUCAGAGCUCAAAUCUGAACGAUUCAAUGGAAAAUCUUAUUCUUAACGAUGAUGUUGAUGUUAAUGGAAGCUCUUCUCCUUCGUCUUCUUUACUUUAUAAAAGUGCCAUGGAAUCAUCUGUAUUAUCUGACUCUCAUCAUCCAUUAUCACCAUCUUCUUCUUCUUCAUUAGGAGUGAAAAAUAAUAGUAGUAAUCGAAAACCUAAUUCUGAUUUCAUUUCUCAUCCGCUGAAAGAAGAAGAAGAUGAGAAGAAAAACCUGAAAAAUCCUAUUCUGUUUGAUAAUUUAGACUUAGAACCACCGUCAUACGCUGAUGUUGUAUACAGUCCGUUUACGAAUCAGAAUGGAGGAGGAGAUAGUGAUUUUAAUGUUGGUGGUAGCAUGAUUGGGAGUUCUAGUCGUCAAGAUUCACCUGGUGAGAGUUUUAGGAAUUUAUCGAGGGCGGGUUCAAUCAAUUUGAAUACCAAUUACUUGAAGAUUUCAGUGUCGAAUCCGCAGAAUGAGACUGAAACGACGAAUUCUUUGGUACCUGGUGGUGGUAGUUAUGUUACUUAUCAGAUUAACACGACCACGAAUUUGCCUGAGUAUAGAGGAUCAGAGUUUAGUGUGAGGAGAAGGUUUAGGGAUGUUGUGACUUUGAGUGAUAGGUUGGCGGAUGGUUAUAGAGGUUAUUUGAUACCUCCAAGGCCGGAUAAGAGUGUGGUGGAGAGUAGAGUGAUGGAGAAAGAGGAGUUUAUGGAGCAAAGACGUGUGGCGUUGGAGAAGUAUUUGUGUAGAUUGGCGGCUCAUCCAGUGAUUAGAAAGAGUGAUGAACUGAGGGUGUUUUUGCAAGUUCAAGGGAAGUUGCCGUUGUUGACGAGUACAGAUGUAGCUUCGAGGAUGCUGGAAGGUGCAGUGAAUUUGCCUAGACAGUUGUUUAGUGAUACUACUCCGGUUGUUGCUCCGAAUGAAGUUAGUCAAUCUGCGAAAGGAGGUAGAGAUUUAUUGCGAAUGUUUAAAGAAUUGAAACAGUCGGUUACAAAUGAUUGGGGAGGUUCGAAACCUCCUGUGGUUGAAGAGGAUAAAGAGUUUCUAGAGAAGAAAGAAAAGCUUCGUGAUUUCGAGCAACAACUGAGCAAUGUAUCUAAGCAGGCUGAGGGACUUGUGAAAGCUCAGCAAGAUAUAGGAGAAACAAUGGGAGAAUUGGGUCUAGCAUUCGUCAAAUUGACGAAAUUUGAGAACGAGAGGGCAGUGUAUAAUUGUCAGAGAACACGGGCGGCGGAUAUGAAAUGUGUUGCGACAGCCGCUGUGAAAGCAAGCAGAUAUUAUCGAGAACUGAAUUCACACACUGUCAAACAUCUGGACACCCUACAUGAGUAUCUUGGAAUGAUGUUGGCUGUCGACAGUGCAUUUUCAGAUCGUACAAGUGCUUUAUUGACAGUACAGACUGUCAUAUCAGAACUGUCUUCCUUGCAUUUGAGAGCUGAAAAGCUCGAAGCUGCAUCGUCCAAAAUAUUUGGUGGUGACAAAUCUAGGAUCCGCAAAGUAGAGGAGUUGAAGGAAACCAUAAGAGUUACUGAAGACGCGAAGAUGGUUGCUGUCAGAGAAUAUGAAAGAAUCAAGGAAAACAAUAGGAGUGAACUAGAGAGAUUGGAUAAAGAAAGACAUGAUGACUUCUUGAGCAUGAUAAAAGGAUUUGUCAUGAAUCAGGUGGGUUACGCAGAGAAGAUAGCAAAUGUGUGGGAAAAGGUUGCGGAAGAGACCAGUGUUUAUGCAAAGGAAAGUAGUUAGCACACAUAUCUGUAAGUUUGGAGGUUGAAGGCCUGAAGCUCGUGAGUACACUUCAUUGGCAUUGCAUAUAUACUUGUACAUCUCUUCAUAUCAGCAUAAAAGAAAAAAAGGAAGCAAUGUCCUGGACCUCCUUGUCAAGUAGUUCAAUUCCACUAUGUUUUUACUUGUUUCAAGAUAAAAUUUAAAUGCGUAGUUGGCUUUGACUGUAAAAAAUAGUAUGUUAAAUGUCAAAAAAGUUUAUAAUCGUACUGCACUCUGUGAUGGUUUUCUGGAGUGCGUUUACUGAACAAUAGGGGUAUUGAAGUUACAAGCUUUGAACCCAGCAAAAACUGGAGAAAUUGUUUCGCUCUUAACUUGAAUGAAGGGAAAGAAUUAUCCAGUUUAACGCACAAGGGAAACUCAUUAAUUAGCA